UUCCCACUGUUUUGGAUUCUGGGAGGCAGCUUCAUCACUACUGAACUUGUACACAUGAACUCUACAAUAAGCACACUUCUAUACAAUGCCACUUCUAUUACAUCAUGUGGUCAACUGCUGCAACACAGCUUGAUUGAAUCUUCUCCACACCAACGCAGCUUGCUUGGAUCUAAAGAAGGAAUAUCACUCCAUGAUUUCAAAGUGCCUAUAAAUAUUUCUCCCACUCCCCCC